AUGGCGGUCGCAGUGAGAACUUUGCAGGAGCAGCUAGAAAAGGCCAAAGAGAGUCUAAAGAACGUGGAUGAGAAUAUUCGCAAGCUCACCGGGCGGGAUCCCAAUGAUGUGAGGCCCAUCCAAGCCAGGUUGCUGGCCCUUUCUGGUCCUGGUGGAGGUAGAGGACGGGGUAAUUUAUUGCUGAGGCGUGGAUUCUCAGAUAGUGGAGGAGGACCCCCAGCCAAACAGAGAGACCUUGAAGGGGCAAUCAGUAGGCUGGGUGGAGAGCGUCGGACAAGGAGAGAAUCACGCCAGGAAAGUGACCCAGAAGAUGAUGAUGUUAAAAAGCCAGCAUUGCAAUCUUCGGUUGUAGCUACCUCCAAAGAGCGUACGCGUAGAGACCUUAUCCAGGAUCAGAACAUGGAUGAAAAGGGAAAGCAGAGAAAUCGACGAAUAUUUGGCUUGUUGAUGGGCACUCUUCAGAAAUUUAAGCAAGAAUCCACUGUUGCUACUGAAAGGCAAAAGAGACGCCAGGAAAUUGAACAAAAACUUGAAGUGCAGGCAGAAGAGGAGAGAAAGCAGGUUGAAAAUGAGAGGAGAGAAUUAUUUGAGGAAAGACGUGCUAAACAGACAGAACUGCGGCUUUUGGAACAGAAAGUUGAGCUUGCACAGCUGCAAGAAGAAUGGAAUGAGCAUAAUGCUAAGAUAAUUAAAUAUAUAAGAACUAAAACAAAGCCCCAUUUGUUCUAUAUUCCUGGAAGAAUGUGUCCUGCUACCCAAAAACUAGCAGAAGAGUCACAAAGAAAAAUGAAUGGUAAGUAUAUAUGGAGAAGUCCAUUGAAAUUUUCUUAAUGGGCUAGGGAGCAUGGAGUUGUUUCAAACAAUUCUGCUUUUUAUGUUUUGAGGUGCAGGUAAAUUUAUUUAAUGAUAACAUUUAACCUGAAACAUUUUGUGGAUGGUGCAUGUGCUUAAAGUAGUUUAAUAAGGUGAAUUUUGCUUAAUAGACAUUGUAACUAUAAUGCUAGUGAAGCAAUAGGGAGAAAACACAUGGAAGUUAAAGUGGAGGAGGAUAUUGAGGUAAGGGAAAGUGAGAAGCAGCAAGAUAGUCAGCCUGAAGAAAUUAUGGAUGUGUUAGAGAUGGUUGAAAAUGUUAAAAAUGUUAUUGCUGAACAAGAGGUAAUGGAAACUAAUCAGGUUGAAAGUAUAGAACCUUCAGAAAAUGAAACUAGCAAAGAAAUGGAGCCAGAGAUGGAGUUUGAAGUUGAGCCAGAAAAAGAAUGUAAAUCUCUUUCUCCUGGGAAAGAGAAUGCUAGUGCUGUGGAAAUAGAAAAAGAGCCUGAGGAAAAUGAAGAAAAGGAAUCCGAGACCCAGGCAGAACCUACAGCACAACCUCAGUCCCUGUCUCAGCCCCAACCAGUACUCCAGCCCCAGCCUCUGUCUCAGCCUGAGACUUUACCAUUAACUAUUUUACAAGUACCACCUCAGGUUAUGCAAGAGCAAGAGCAUUUACUAUCUGAAAGGAAGGAAUUUCCUAUAGAAUCUGUAAAACACACUGAUGUACCAGUAGAGUCAGCUUUGACAGUGCAUUCAGAGAGUAAAGCUAAAACCAAAACUAGAAGCAGAAGCAGAGGUCGAGCUAGAAAUAAAACCAGCAAGAGUAGAAGUCGAAGCAGUAGUAGCAGUAGUUCUAGUAGCAGUUCAACUAGUAGCAGCAGUGGAAGCAGUUCUAGUAGUGGCAGUAGUAGUAGUCGCAGUAGUUCCAGCAGCAGCUCUAGUACAAGUGGCAGCAGCAGCAGAGAUAGUAGCAGCAGCACUAGUAGCAGUAGUGAGAGUAGAAGUCGGAGUAGGGGCCGGGGACAUAAUAGAGAUAGAAAGCACAGAAGGAGCGUGGAUCGGAAACGAAGGGAUACUUCAGGACUAGAAAGAAGUCACAAAUCUUCAAAAGGUGGUAGUAGUAGAGAUACAAAAGGAUCAAAGGAUAAGAAUUCCCGGUCCGACAGAAAGAGGUCUAUAUCAGAAAGUAGUCGAUCAGGCAAAAGAUCUUCAAGAAGUGAAAGAGACCGAAAAUCAGACAGGAAAGACAAAAGGCGUUAAUGGAAGAAGCCAGGCUUUCGUAGACUAUUCUUUGCAGCAGAAGAUUUCUUGAUGAGUAAAAGGAUUACCUUUCCUUGUAAGGAGGAUGCUGCCUUAAGAAUUGCAUGUUGUAAAAAAUCUUUUUGGAAAAUACAGACUUUGUUUAUCAAACAUUCUUGUACUUU